AUUCUUUGUUGUGGCUCGGCAGUGUUGAGUUGCAGUCAUGUCAUGCCGCCCAGAUCGGCAGUAACAGCCCCAGUUUGUUCUACAAUUUAAUUUGUUCUUUAUAUUUUAUCCAAAUUAAGUAUUUCGUUUAUCGAUUUUCAUUUAUUUAGUGUUUUGUGCCUUAGAACAGUGAAUAAUCUCGAGGAGGUCGGUUUCUUUGUAUUUAAGAAAUCCCGUAAUGAUUGAGGAGUUAAAAAUGAGUCUAAAAACGGAUAAGGACGGUAAGCCCAAUAAAUGCAAAGUGUGUUCGCUUCGAAAUGUAGAAAUGGAUCACUUUGAAACUGAAAAACAUAAGCAGAAUGCUUGCCUGAAGCAAUACACAACAAAUAAGUCACAGUUCAUUAUAAAUCGUAAAAAAGUAGUUUCGGUUUGUUGCGAAGUCACCUCGUCAACCGCCUCCACCAACAGUAUUCACGGAAAAAUUAAGGUUUCGGUGAAACCAGAUGAGCCUGUUCAAUUUAAAUUUACUCUCACUAAUGAAAGCAGAACUAACUGUCUAGAGGUUGUAGAAAUAGAUUUAGCUCAUUUAAAAUUUAAUUUUGAGUUGCCCAACAACCCCUACAAGCCCGGCUGCGAACCUUACUCCAUGCCACCAAAAACAAAGUUGCCUGAUAAAAUUGUGGUCAGUUUUAAAUCACCACACAUUGGACAGUACGAAACUCCAAUACUUUUCAACUUGAAGCGGAAAGACGAUAGUGACGAGACCAUUGUUUUAUUGAGAGAAAUGGUGGUGUUUGUAGAAAAGACUGUGUCACUUCACGACAACAUUAUAAGCCCCUACGAAAGAAAAAAGGUUUGGGCAAAAGAGUUAGUCAGAUCUACACGUACUGAUAAAUCUGAUGAUAUUUUCGGAAUCCCAAAAACUUGCAAGAAGAUCUAUGCGAACAAAUUGAACGUUGAUGAUAAAGCAUCGGAGGCUGAGAAAGAUUUGGCGUCCGACAUAAGGCACACAUUCGACGUUGGUAUCACCGAGGAUAAUUACGUGAAGUUCUUUCAUAACUUGCUUUGGUAUGAAGAGACUGUCAUACGAGUUAAUAUUAAGAACUAUAAUAUGUCUCGCGCCACAAUGAAGAUACAACCAAAUCCGAACUACGGAAUUGUUUACUCUCUGACUGUGCCGGGGCUUAGCGAAAAGAGACCUUCUUUAAUGAUCGGAGACUUGCUAUUCGUCAGGCCUCAUAACCAACAAGAGGUGAUGUUUGAAGCGACCGUUAAAGAGGUCAACGAGAACGAAGCUCUAAUUGGAGACUUACAUGCCAAAUUUACUAACUACUAUGCGAUGGAUGGCCUGUUUGACAUUCGGUUCUUCCUGUCUCGCAUUUCACUGGAGAGGAUGCAUAAAGCCGUGAAUGAUAUCAGAAACAAUGGCCAUUACACGAGGAUAUUCCCGAAGGAGAACGAAUGCGUCAAAAAGGCCCCACCAAUCUUGAAUUAUUUCAACCCGCUCGUGGAAGCUAACUUGGAGCAGCGUUGUGCAGUGGAGUGCAUUGUGACGAACUCAUCAGGGACUGCGCCCUACUUACUGCACGGCCCGCCCGGUACAGGCAAAACUAUAACCAUCGUCGAAGCUAUCUUACAGUUGGCGAUUUCGGAGCGCAACUACCACAUAAUGGUAUGUACUGACUCCAACAUGGCGGCCGACCACGUAGCGAGCAUGCUCAUACAAUACAGCCAUUUGUUCCCAAAAUCAAAUUGGUUGCUUCGGGCUAAUUCCAAGUUCAGAAACUGGGAGACAUUGCCGAAAUGCUUGCUCAAAUAUUCUAACGGGACAAGUCGCCAUCACUUCAUCAACAUCGCCAUAAAAGAUUUUAUGUCUUACCGUAUAGUCGUCACCACACUGUCGCAUGCAGCCAAGUUCGGAAGACUCAUGGCACAACGUCGCAUUGGCCAUCACAUCUCCCACCUUUUCAUUGACGAGGCGGCUCAGGCGAGUGAGCCAGCUUGUCUCAUUCCAGUUUGUGGUCUACUCAAGAAAUGUGGGUCCUUAAUCCUGGCCGGAGACCCUCACCAGCUCGGCCCAGUCGUCAUAUCGCGAAACGCUGCGGAAAUUGGACUUGGUACAUCUCUGAUGGAGCGUCUCAAGAAGGACAAUUCUCUAUACAGUGACAGCCGCAACGAUCCCAACUAUGUGAUUAUGUUACGAAACAACUUCCGAUCACACCCGGACAUUUUGGAAAUCCCUGACAAACUCUUCUAUAAGGGACAACUCCGGGCAUGCUCAACGGAAGAUCCCUUGAGUACAACCGAUAUCCUAGGUGAGAAGGAGACCAGUCGCGCCAUCGUAUUCCAUGGUGUGCUUUCCAAGGAAGAAAGGAUCGGCAAGUCACCCAGCUUCUUCAACAUGAUGGAAUGUGAGAUGGUGCUGCAGUACGUUAAGCGUUUGGUGCAGGUACAUGAGGUACCUAUGAGUGAUAUUGGCAUCGUCACACCGUACAUUCGUCAGGUGUACCAAAUAAAGAAGUCGCUAACAGAAUGCGGCUUCAACGAUAUAGAAGUUGGGACCGUGGAGGCUUACCAAGGCAAAGAGAAGCGCGUCGUCAUAAUAUCCACUGUAAGAGCCAAUUGCAACCUUCUGGACUAUGACGCUAAGUUCCAACUCGGUUUCCUUGUCGAUGAUAAGCGCUUCAACGUAGCGAUAACUCGCGCAAAAGCCAAAGUGAUCAUAAUUGGAAACCCGCUGUGUUUGGAGAAAGAUGUCAAAUGGCGUAUGUACAUGGAUCGUUGCCGCGAACUAGGAACAUACCACGGCUUCGAUUCCAAAAUCGUUUCAGAUGAUAGCAGCCAACAAAUUAUAGACAAGUUAGGGCAACUCAUACAACGCAUUGAAAUUACUGCGAAAGAGACAAAAAACUAAAUUUUAAAUUUGGAAUUAUUUAGCACCGUAUAGCCGGAUCUAUGGAUUCUUUGCGUUAGCUAGCGUAGUUUAAAAAAAUUAGCUAUAAGGUACGUUUUUUUUGUUUUGACUGAGGAAACUUCGCUGUUGCUACGAACCUAAUCUGCGCAUUGGUGCUACUGUCUGUUAUAUUCAUUAUGAACUGCCUCUUUGGGAUUCAUGGUAAGUACAUAAAUUAGGUAUACGUAAGAAGAUGUAAAAGAUGAAGCGUACCUACCCAACAAUGAAUAUUUUACAACCUCCUCGCAUACUAAACCUGUUACCGGAAGCCUACAUAAUGUUACACAAAUUUAGAGACAUUUGUAAAUGUUUUUUUAAUGUUCAUGACAUUUUUUUGACAAAUCAACACUAAUCGCCUAUCAUUUAUCGUUAUUAAGGUAAUUUUUAAUUAAACGUGUGAUGGACAAGAACUUUUAUGUAAUUAAAAUAAUAAAUGUAUUGUAGUUUUCUACACCCGUGUUAUUAAAAACAAGAUAUUUUACACUCGUAGUUUUAAAGUUUUAAUACAAUUGAAACGCGUGGUAACAUUCCACUUAUUUUUAAGUAUUAUUGACGUGUGUGUUGGCUAUUACAAUUUUUAUUUGUUUUCACAUCCGCUGCCACAUAUUUACGUAAUAAUUUUAUCAAUUUAUUCGUAAAUUUAAACUUGUGUGACUUAAUAAUCAUCAAUUCACGUGGAAAUUCCUAUUACGGGGGCAUCAUGACGUGUGGAAGAAUUUUUAUGUGUAUUGAAACUAUUAAAAAGAACUGGAUCUCGUCUCUCGAGUUAGUGACAUUUUUAUUAUUUGAUAGAAAUUAAUGUGGAUAAGGUUAUAAUGUAAAGAAAGUGAAGUUUGUGGUUGGGUGUCUUAGAAACGCCAUUGUUAUAAUUAUAAGAGGUGCCUUGGAUUAUACAAAGAAUGUUACAUUUUUAAAAACCUUAGUAGGAACUCAUAGUAUUGUGAGAUCUGGAAAACUUCCCUCCAAAAAAUUAUACUGUGAUUAACUUAAAGUUUAAAUAGCAGAAGUGUGCCAAAAAUUUCAUUAAAUUGACGGUUCGUAGAACUAUAGUCCUUCAGGAAAUGUAGACUGGUAAUCUAAAUAAGGGUUUUCUAACAUCGAUAAGGUUCAAAAUAGGUUGCAGCGGAUGUGUUGACAAAGGUACUAUGUGUAAUCUUAUUUACUAACGUGACGUCUAUUAAAUGUGAUAUUUUUAUAGAAUUCUGCUUUACACUUGGACCACUUAUUACAAUAUUGUAUAACACAGUUCCCCCCUAUUUGUAAAUUUCCCGCCAAUUUAUAAUCUAGGUUAUAAACACACGAUUUUAAAAUCGUCAAAAAUUCUCGAUUUUCUUUAAUUUAUAAAAAGAACAUUUGCUUAAUAAGAAAACAGUAUUCUUGUAAAAUGUAUUAAGAAUUCAGGUUACGUUCAGUUAUUUUGCUAAGCAGAUGGGGCUACCCCAUAGAGAAUAAACUCACUAAUAUAACAUUGGACGUUAAAUUUUUGAGGUUUAGCGGUUUAUGUUUAGGCCAUACGUUUGAUUUCCUAUUUACUACGUUUUUUUUUUCAUAUAAUUAUGAAUCAUAUUUUUGUAAAUCGAUAUUUUACUGAUUAAAGUAAUGAAUAUUAUGUUAUUGAAUCACUGACAAGUACAUUUUAUAUUUUUUAGCCAUAUGUCAUUGAGGCCAUAUUGAGGCUAUAGAUUGUAAGUAUUUUUAUAGUUUUUAAACGUAGUUCACUAAGCCAACUAAAUGUUCUCUGUUUUUACAUAAGUUUAUGUAUCGUGUUAAACAAAAUGAUGCACAUGCCGCGUCUUGUAUGCCCAUUAAGCGUAGUUUUAAUCAUAAGAUUAUUGAAUCUUCACCAAAGAUUCUCCCUAAAUGUUGGUGUAAAAUUUUAUAGUAGAUUUUUGGUACAUAUUUUAUUUGCUAAAGUUUAUAAAGGUCACAAACCAUGGUAUAAAAAUUAUAUUAUAAGAAAGUUUAAAGAGUGGUUUUAGCCACUUAAAGUUUUAAUGUAAAGUAAUAUUGAUAAAUGUAGUUUUAAAGGUGACUACAGGGAUGUACCAAAAUCAUACUUGUAAGACCAAGAUUUUUCUAUGUUCUCCUUAAACAUUUUGAUAAUUAUGACUAUUGUUGGAAUUGUUUAGGUUUUAAAAAAAAUGAUAUUUCGAAAAUUAUUUUCUUCAAAUUAUAUUCUUUUAUGUGCCAUAAUUAUAUUAGUUAUGAGAAAUAUUAUGUCCAUUAUAUUUUAGUACAAUCGUUUUAUUACAAGUGUAUGGAGAUCCAAUUAUUGAAUUAAUCUUGGUGCUAAAUGUCUAUACACAAAUGGGUAGAUAAUAUAUAUGUAAUGAAAUUAA